GUGCCCGAUUAUGCUUUAAUCGCUGAGAACACGCUGUACUCGUACGGUUUCUACGAGGCACGACCACUCUCGGUAAAAAUCGUGACGGCUUACAGAUUAUGCUCAGAGCAACUGUCCAGUCAAAAUCAUUACGAUUACGGAAUGAGAGCCGUGAAAUCCGUGCUGCUCGCUGCUGGCAAUCUGAAGAUAAAGUAUCCAGACGUGAACGAGGAUAUUCUAGUGUUAAGAAGCAUCAAAGACGUCAACCUGCCUAAGUUCCUCAAUCACGAUCUGCCAUUAUUCAAUGGUAUCACUUCGGAUCUGUUUCCUGGGGUGAAAUUACCAGAACCGGAUUACAGCGACUUGAACACGUGUACGUUCGACGCUUGCACAGAAGCGAACAUACAAUGCACCCCUGUUUUCUUAGAAAAGGUACAACAGAUCUACGAGAUGAUGAUAGUCCGGCACGGAUUCAUGAUCGUCGGCCUUCCAUUUGCUGGAAAAACGACGGCUUAUAAAAUCGUAGCUGACAUGCUGGGACUCUGCGAGGACAGAAAUUUAAUGAACGAGCACAGAGUGGAGAUAUUUGUGAUUAGUCCGAAAGCCGUGACUUUGGGUCAAUUGUAUGGCCAGUUCGACCCAAUAUCCCACGAGUGGUCCGACGGGAUUCUGGCCAUCAGCUACCGUGCCUUCGCAACGUCGACCAAUGAUAAUCGCAAGUGGUUGAUCUUCGACGGACCUGUAGACGCGGUAUGGAUUGAGAGCAUGAAUACAGUGUUGGACGAUAAUAAGAAACUUUGCUUAAUGAGCGGAGAGAUCAUCCAAUUGGCUCCGACUACCAAUCUGUUGUUUGAAACUAUGGAUCUGGAACAAGCGUCGCCAGCGACUGUCUCUCGUUGUGGGAUGAUCUACAUGGAACCGACUGCUCUUGGAGCGCUCGGUUGGCGCGAGCUGCGAAUCGGGAACGUUGGCUCGAAUCUGGAUGCUCGAACUUUGCCGCGUGAAGAAGCGCUCCGCUCGUAA